UGUCUGUUUGGAUGGCAGCCCGGCUGAAACUAUGCUCCCGGCUCUGACUGACAGUGGGAUGUGGACUGUUUUCUCCCCAACCGAAGACCUUAAAAGCCGAGUCGCGUCGGGAAGGCUGAGCAGUCCCACUCCGGCUGCAGGGAGCUGGACUCUGAGAAAACACCGGGAGUUAGAAGUCAGAGCGCAUUAGAAGUCAGCUGAGACGGCGAAAGUUCAAGCGAUGAACCCCGGAGAGGAAUUCCUUACUUCCCAGUAGCAGACGAAAGCGAGUGGAUGCUGAGCUGAACUAAGAUGGCCUCCGGAAGAUUAACGCCCCCGAGCAGCUCUCUGUCGUCGUCACCCAUGAGCGUGCGUGCUCAGGCCCUGCAGGUGGACUCGGUGCAGCGCUGGAUGGAGGACCUGCGCCACAUGACGGAGGUGGAGUGCAUGUGCGUGCUGCAGGCCAAGCCGCUGGGCGUGGACGAGGACGCGCAGGCGCAGCAGGGCGAGCUGAUCGUGACGUCGGGCGGCGGGGCCGGCGGCGGCGACCACGUGGCCCGGAACAACCUGCAGACGCUGCUGCGGCGCGCCCUGGUGGUCAGCACCGAGCUGGGCAAGAUGUUCACGCGCCUGGAGAAGCGGCGCUGGCAGCGCGUGCACGGCACCGCCGUCCGCGCCAACUGCCACGUGCGCUCGCUGGUGCACGAGUACAGCGCCGCGCGCAGCAUCCCGCCGGAAAUGCAGAAGUAUGAGAAGUCGCUGCUGGAGAAGUGCAUGGAGCUGACGAACAUCACGGAGAGGUGCCUCCACACCGACGACGAGUUCUUCCUGAAGUCCAUGCGGGAGGCGAUCCACGAGAUCCUGACGGACGUCAGCGACUCCUUCAGCAACAUGAUCGACAUGGCGCUGGCCAACGAGAUCCGGAUCCUGAUUAAGCAGAUCGACUCCUCCGACAGCGUCCACACCAUCGGCAGUGCCAUCAACAACCUGCUGUCCCUCACGCAGGACGGCCCUCAGCUCUGCAGCAUCAUCGCCAAGGAGGGAGCAGUGGUGGCCCUGUUCAAGAUCUGCCGGCAGGACCGCUUCAGAGACCUGUACGCUCACGCCCUGAGAACCGUGGCCUCCAUCUGCUGUGUGGAGGAGGGCAUCAACCAGCUGGACAAGGUGGACGGGAUCCUGUGUCUUGCCGACAUCCUGACGGACGACGGCAGCGUGGAGGCGGCCCGCGCCGAGGCGGCGGCCGUCGUGGCCCAGAUCACGUCUCCCCACCACUCGUCCACCCAGCACCUGGCCAGCUUCCUGGAGAGCAUGCAGGACAUCGUCACGGCGCUCAUCAAGCUGUGCGAGAGCGCCUCCUGCGGGGAGGUCUUCCUCCUGGCCUCCGCAGCCCUGGCCAACAUCACCUUCUUCGACAGCGUGGCCUGCGAGAUCCUGCUGCAGCUGAACGCCAUCCACAUCCUGCUGGAGGCCUGCAAGGACCGGCAGAGGGUCGACACGCCCUACUCCAAGGACCAGGUGGUGACCAUCCUGGCCAACCUGUCCGUGCUGGAGCCGUGCGCCUUUGAGGUCCUGCAGGAACGAGGGAUGGAGCGGCUGCUGGUGCUGCUGGGGGAGAAACCGUCCUCGGAGAGUCCGUCAGAGGGCGCCGCCUGCGAGCGGGUCCAGCAGAAGGCGGCGGUGACGCUGGCCCGCCUGAGCCGGGACCCGGACGUGGCCCAGGCCGCCAUCCAGCUGAAAGCGGUGCCUCGCCUCAUCCAGCUGUGCCGCUCCCCCGCAGAGAGGAAUAACAGCGACUCGGUCCUGGUGGCCUGCCUGGCGGCGCUGCGGCGGCUAGCGGCGGGGUGUCCGGACAGCAUCGAGGCGAACGACCACCAGCAGCUGAUCAAGCCUCGGCUCGUCGACUCCUUCCUGCUGUGCUCCAACAUGGAGGAGAGCUUCGUGUGAAGAACCACCCGCCGGGCUCCUCUCGCAGACGCGCAUCUGUUUCUUCAUGAGUCGAGCUUCAUUUCCCCAGUUUGCGUCCUGGAAAAAUGUCAAAAGUGUUUCUUUUUCUCGUCAACUUCAUUUCACGUGUCAAUUUUUCUGCAUCUGAGUCCUCAAACACGUUCCCAAAAGAGCAGAUAAGAGCAGCUAAAGGGAGGGUAAGUCAUUCUCCUCGCCAUCCACGGACUGUAUAAGAAGAACUGGAAAAGAACCCUUCUACUCUGGAGGUGGGCGUGUUCCCGGUGCUGUUGGCUCCGCCCACUUCCAAUAUGGCACUAAAAACCGAUUUUUGUGAAACCUCAUGCAGGGUUUUUCCAAUAAUAACACAGUCCAUGGUAUUCUCCUGGGAGGGGGGCAAAAAUCAAUUAUCCUGCCUUUGUCGUGUUUAUUUAUUGUUAAAUUAUUAAAAAAAUGAUUGUAUUUACUAUUUUUAACACUUAUAUUUUAUAGUGUCGGGAUCAGCAACUCCAGGGUCGUUGCUGUGUUGAUUUUUCGCUAGCUGCUCUUACGUCAUUGGUUUGUUU